GUGCUUAACACACGUCUUCUCUGGCAUUAUAUUCACUAACGAGUCGUCUGGAAUAAUUCCUAUGUUUGCCCUAGAGAACCAUAGGGAGCGUAAGAAACACUCUGAUUCUUUGGCAGUCAAUGGUCAUACUGAAUUAAGGUGAACUUUGGAUAAUUCAUUGCUUAUGCUAACAUGAGUUAGUUUUGUAAAAUGGCAUGUUGUCAAAGUUAUAUCCCGGAUUAUUUUGCAAUAACUGACAUUUUAUCUACUGAAGAACGAAUAUCUUGUAAAAUUGAAGUAGAUUUACCUGGUUUAGGUUUUUUGGAUCCUUCGUGUCAAUCUGAGGAUUUACAAGUUGGAUCCAAAGUAGAGUUUCCAUUAUGGCUAGCAGAUGCAUUAAAAAAUUUACAGAAUCCAGCAGUUAAUAUCGAUAUACCAAAUAUAUACAAAGAAGGAUAUAGGGAAAUUUUAGAAGCAGAUGCUGAUGCUAUAGUUUUAAGUAGAUGGAAUCCAUUUUAUUAUGAAUUAGGAAUGCACGUAAGAAAAUUCAGUGGCAAAGAUUCUGAAAUAAUUGCAGAAAGUUUACUACAGACAUUUAAGUCUCGUUUUCAAUUAGUAAUGGACUGGUCUCAGAAUCUAACAUCUGAUCCUACAUUAGCAAUUCAACUUCCUCGACUUGAAAGAGAUCUCUUCCUUAUCGGUCGACAAGCCAAAGUUCGUCUUACGGAAUGGUUAAAGAUGGGUACAAAUGAAAUGGUUAUUUCCGAAAUAGCGACAAAUUUGAAAAAACGGAAACGGGACAAAUAUGAACUUGAUUAGCUUUUUCGUUUUACAAAGAUACAGCAUACGAAUGUCAAUAAUUUGUAGAAUAAUGUUUUUAUCAAGUUUUUAAAUAAUCUGAAAAUAUCAAUAUUGUAGAAUAAACUGAGUUUAUUUAGAAUAAUCGAGAAACAGGUGCAAAACAUUUUAUAACAUAAAUUAUAUAACGUAACUUUUUUAAAUUACAUUUUUAAUGAACUUGCAUAUUACUACCAUAUUGUAGAAAGCUGAUUAUUGGAAAUAUAUUAAUGUAUUUGAUAUUGCAACAAAUAUUCUUUCAUUUACUUAGAAAUUAAAAAAUAAUUAGAACUUGCUUGAGUAAAAAAAAUAAAUACAAAAAAGUUAUGAAAAAACGCACUUGUUAUACAUUUUAUAAUCAUAAUAUUAUCACUUUCACUAAUUUACAGUUUCUGUAUGGGCGUACACACAUGCUACAUAAAAUGCUCCAUUUUUAUAUUUAUAUAUUAUAUUUUGCGUUACAUACUAACAAUAAUGUUACAACUUAAAAUAUUGUUAUAAUUAAUUAAUUACAUUAUUGUUUUUUAUACGGUCAUAAAUACGAAACUUAACAGAAGUCGCGAUGAACAUUUGGAAUUAACAACUUGUUUAGAAUCUUUUAAAUUAUAUUUCUUGUGCGUAUAUGCAUUCUGUAUAUGUAGAACGAUUAUUUAUUUUUUCAACGUAUAGUUUUCAUUUAUAUUUAAUUACAUUGUCACGAUUAAUUUUAAUCUUAUAAUAUAGUUAUGUAAUUUAUAAUUAAUUUUAAUUUUCGUUGUCAAAAUUAAUUUUAGUUUCCUAACUAACUAUUACUCUAGACUGUUCAUUUUUUCAAUAUUCCCAUAUAAAAAAUAUGCGUAUUUUUUUUUUAAUAUUUACUGUGUUUAUAAUAAUUUCGAAUAACAUCAAUUUUCAAAUCCUACAAAAUUUUUUACUCAUAAUUUUAUAAUAAAUUUAGUAAACAGUUCUAAUGAAAAACAAA